AUGUCUACGCCGUCAAAACGUCCAUCCUCACGUGCAUCUUCAGAAGCAGCAACUCCAUCUCGCAGAACGAGGUCUUCUCAACAAAUAGUAGUUCCAGAAACUCCUCAACGAUCUACCGGUACACCAUCAAAAGAUGGUACUCCUGUUGGUACACCUCGCACUCCUCGUGGCACUCCUCGAACUCCGAGUGCCCAAAUGCCUCGCACAUCACCAGCCCGUCCCUUGAUGUCAAGUCCUCUUGGGACAGAUAUAGAUAUGAGCUCACCAUUGAAUUACGGAACACCUAGCUCUUUAAGUACACCAAGGUCUCUCAUGCGUGGGGUAUCAACACCGGCACGGCAGAGAGCAGAUUUAAGGGGUCAUCAAGUUGGUCGCAAUGUACCAGCUCCAACUCCGUCUAAAAGUGGUGAUGCAGUUGAGGCUGAAUCAGGAGAACCUCAGCUUGUGGUCUGGGGUACAGAUGUUGCCAUUGCGGAGUGUCGGGAGAAGUUCAUAAAAUUCGUGCAGCGAUUUGUAGAACCUACUGCUGUUAGUAAUGAACCAUUAUAUGAAGCAAAGCUUGAAGAGAUACACACUUUAGAGGAGCCAUUUUUGGAUGUGGACUGUGAACAUGUUAAAAUAUUUGAUUCCAAACUUCACCGCCAACUUGUCUGUUAUCCACAAGAGGUAGUGCCAGCUUUCGAUGCAGCCGUAAAUGAAUUAUUCUUUGAAAAAUAUCCUGCUGCGGUGUUAGAACAUCAGAUACAAGUACGCCCCUUCAAUGCGCCGCAGCGACAUAUGAGGGACCUUAAUCCUGAAGACAUCGACCAGCUGGUGACCAUAUCGGGCAUGGUGAUCCGCACGUCGGGCAUCGUGCCGGAGAUGCGCGAGGCGUUCUUCCGCUGCGCGGUGUGCGGCGCGGCGGCGGUGGCGGAGCUGGAGCGCGGCCGGGUGCCCGAGCCGGCGCACUGCGCCCACUGCAGCACCGCGCACUGCUACCAGCUGGUGCACAACCGCUCGCACUUCAGUGACAAGCAGCUGGUCAAGCUGCAGGAGGCCCCAGACGACAUGCCGGCCGGGCGAACACCGGCGACGGUGAGCAUAAUGGCGCACGGCGCGUUAGUCGAGGCGGUGGGCGCGGGCGAGCGCGUCUCCGUCACGGGCGUGUUCCGCGCCGCGCCCGCCGCGGUGAAUCCCCGCCGCGCCACGCUGCGCGCGCUGCACCGCACACACGUCGACGCGCUGCACUACCGCAAGGUGCACAGCGACCGCCUGCACACGGACGAGGGAAAAGAACAUCGCUUCCCACCGGAGCGUGUGGAGCUAUUCAAGGCGCUGUCACAACAGCCGGACUGCUAUGAGCGGCUGGCCCGCGCCAUAGCGCCCUCAAUUUACGAGAAUCUCGACAUCAAAAAGGGCGUCCUACUGCAGUUGCUUGGCGGGACCAAGAAGAAUUUUAAUGCCGCCGGACGGACACAUUUCAGGUCAGAGAUCAAUAUCCUGCUGUGCGGUGACCCUGGAACCAGCAAAUCGCAGCUUCUGCGAUGGGUGCACGCGCUGGUGCCUCGAGCCCAGUACACAUCAGGGCGUGGCUCGUCAGCCGUCGGUCUUACCGCCUACGUCACCAAGGACCCAGACACUCGCCAGCUCGUGCUCCAGACGGGUGCACUGGUUUUGGCUGACAAUGGUAUAUGCUGCAUAGAUGAGUUCGACAAAAUGAACGAUUCCACGCGCAGUGUUCUUCAUGAAGUGAUGGAGCAACAAACCCUGUCGAUUGCCAAAGCCGGCAUCAUCUGCCAGCUGAAUGCUCGCACCUCUAUCCUAGCUGCUGCCAAUCCCGCCGAAUCGCAAUGGAACAAGAACAAGACCAUUGUCGAAAAUGUACAGUUGCCCCACACGCUCAUGUCCAGGUUUGAUUUAAUAUUCUUGAUUCUGGAUCCACAAGAUGAGAUAUUUGACAGACGGCUGGCAUCCCAUCUUGUUUCUUUAUACUACAAAGAUCCCACUGACCCACAGGAAAAUGAGGAUGUUGUUAAUAUGGGGCUGAUGCGCGACUACAUUGCUUUUGCGAAGGAACACGUGCAGCCGACAUUGGGAGAGCCAGCACAGCAGAGGCUUAUAGACGCCUACGUCGACAUGAGACGAGUUGGUAGCGGGCGAGGUCAGAUCUCCGCCUACCCGCGUCAGCUGGAGUCCUUAAUUCGCCUCGCUGAAGCUCACGCCCGAGUUCGAUUGUCACCGGUGGUGGAGAUCCUUGAUGUGGAUGAGGCUGCCAGGCUGCACCGCGAGGCGCUGAAGCAGUCGGCGACGGACCCGGCGUCGGGGCGCAUCGACGUGGGCAUCCUGACGACGGGCCUGGGCGCCGCGGCGAGGCGGCGGCGCGCGGAGCUGGUCGCCGCGCUGAGGGAGCUGCUGCGGCCGAUGGCGCGCCCGCUCACCGUGCCCCACUCGAAGCUGCUGCAGGAGCUCAAUCAGACGUCGCAGAUCACGAUAACUCGCGAUCAUCUUGACGAAGCGUUACGCGAUCUGCAGGAUGAAGGCAAGGUGACAGUUGUUAGCCACACACACAUACGACUGGUU